CGUACACGUGAUUCGCUUAAUUUCUCCGAGUAUAUCUCAUGUGAUUCUUUGACGCAAAUCCGUCUGGAUAGGCCUUAAUAAUGAUAUAUUUAGGAUUGGUUGCAAUAACGCCUGGCGGGGAGAACCGCUCGCGAGCGAGGCAGCGGCGAUGAUAGGCGAUGAUGGAUAAAGACAACUUGGGCUGAUAAAGCGCAGAUGUCACGCGGUCGCGAUUCGUAGCGCCGCCGAUCUCCGCGUGUUCGAUUAAUCGUCGUUCCGCUCGUGCCGCCUCCGUAAGAGUCGCUCGUACGACAUUAAGCAUCUACGCAUCGCGUAAGUCACCUCUUCGAGAAGUCGCUAGACGAGCGGAGGGUCGCAAAUUACAUCGUCUUCCACGCGCAGCCAAAACGAGUAAUAAAGAAACAGUUGGAUAAUCGUGACGAGACAAUCAAAAUCAAUACGGGAGUUAAUUCUGCAUACUCUUGGUCAUGGAGAAUUACACGUCAGAUUCGAGCGACUCGGAUUCCGCUUUGAGGACACUGGACCUGUCCUACCUGUUACUGGACAACGAAGUGUUAGACAAACAAUUCCUCAAUACCAAAUGCCCGGAGCAAGUGGAUACUCUGCUACUGAGUCAGAAUCUUCUCACAAUCGUUCCCACGAGCAUCAGCAGAUUCACCAGCUUGACUUCCCUCGACAUCUCGAGCUGCGGCCUCACCAAAUUGCCGGACUUCUGGACGGACUGUCCUCUGACAUGCCUAAUUGCGAAACACAACAAUCUUGCCAAUGACGGACUGACGAAAGAUUUUGAGAAUCUCAGCAGUUUGAGGGAACUCAAUUUGAGCGGUAAUAGACUCACGGAAUUUCCCGAUCAGAUUCUAGAUUUAAUCGGCCUGAGGUAUCUCUACCUGGGCGGCAAUCAUAUCAGCGAGAUUACCAAGGACAUUUGGAAGUUACAAAGGUUGCGAGUUUUAUCGAUGGGAAACAAUAGAUUGACAGAAGUACCGUCCACUCUUGGUCAAUUGAAGACUCUACAGGCUCUCGUGCUGUGCGAUAACAUGCUGGAGAGCCUGCCAAGCUCGAUAGCUAACUUGACAAAUCUGAAAACUCUAUCACUUCACAAGAACAGAUUACGGACACUGCCUACUGAGAUAAUAACGUUAAAAUGUCUUACAGAGUUGUCUUUGCGAGAUAAUCCAUUGGUGGUGAGAUUUGUUUCCGAUAUGACGCAUAAUCCACCUUCGUUGCUGGAACUAGCUGCUCGCGUUGUCAAGACCACCAAUAUCCGCUAUGACAGUGAGAGCAUACCGCACAAUCUGGUGCAGUAUCUCAACAGUGCACAUAGUUGCGUCAAUCCUAAAUGCAAAGGUGUUUUCUUUAAUAAUCGCGUGGAGCACAUUAAGUUCGUCGACUUUUGUGGCAAGUACCGUUUACCGUUGUUGCAAUAUUUGUGCAGCAGCAAGUGCAUCGAGCCACGCGACAGCGACGAAGAACUCGUGAGCGGAGCUAUGAUCAGAAAAGUUCUUCUCGGCUAAUGAGAUCUGGAGGAUAUAUCUCUGUAACGUUCAAGAUUCUAAAAAUUAUUUUGCUACAAUUUUUUUCAUUUCAAAGGAAAUAUUCUCCAUUUUCUAGAAAUCUGGUCUCGAUCGGUGACAUUUAUCACAGAUAUUUAUCUAGAACUAAAUAUUGCAACAGAUUUUACAGAAUGGAAAUUAAAACACACACAUAAAUUUAAUAAAUAUUAUAUUUGAAAUAAA